AUGGGGGACCGGCUAAAGCAGUUGAAAGAGCGGUCUCUUAAAAGAAAACAAGUUCUGGCACAAGCGUUUGGUGUUGGAAGCCCAGAUGGUCUGAAAACAGCUUUGAGAAGUAAAGAUGACAUAGAAGAUGAAAAGAAAGCUACCAUUCCAAGUGAAACAGAGAAAACUGCAGAAAAUCAGAAAGUGAUUAAGCUAUCAGAAGAACAACAACAGCCCGAUGAACAGAAAGAUAAAGCCAAGAAUGAUGCUGAACUUGAUGAUGAAGAUGAGUUUUACACAGAUUCUAGUACAUUCUUGAAGGGAACACAGAGUGCCAACCCCCACAAUGACUAUUGUCAACACUUUGUAGACACUGGUGAAAGACCACAGAACAAGAUUAGAGAUGUUGGACUUGCAAACCGAUUCGAGGAGUAUCCAAAACUUAGAGAGCUGAUUCGCUUGAAGGAUGAGUUGAUCUCUUCAACUAAUACACCCCCAAUGUACCUACAGUGUGACCUUGAUCACUUUGACCUCGGUAGUCUUGGAUGUAAGUUUGAUGUGAUACUGGUAGAACCACCACUUGAGGAGUACCAGAGAUCCAAUGGUGCAGUGUAUGACAGGUUCUGGAGUUGGGACGAGAUUGAGAGACUGGAUGUCCCAGCAGUUGCAUCACAGAGGUCAUUUGUUUGGAUCUGGUGUGGGAAUGCUGAUGGACUGGAACGAGGCAGACUUUGUUUGAAGAGAUGGGGAUAUCGGAGAUGUGAGGAUAUUUGUUGGAUUAAAACAAAUAUCAAAAACCCAUCAAAAAGUAAAAGUCUGGAACCAAAUUCUAUUCUUCAGAGAACAAAGGAGCAUUGUCUUAUGGGAAUCAAAGGGACUGUCAAACGCAGUACUGAUGGUGACUUCAUUCAUGCAAAUGUGGAUAUAGACUUAAUCAUUGAUGAGGAACAGGAGUAUGGGAGCAAGGAGAAAUCUGUAGAAAUAUUCCACAUUAUUGAACACUUCUGUCUUGGAAGACGCAGACUGCAUUUGUUUGGACGUGACAGUACCAUCAGACCAGGCUGGCUCUCUUUAGGGUCAGAGAUCACAAGCAGUAAUUUUGAUCCUGAAGUCUACUCAAAUUUUUUCGAGCAGGAAGCCAAUGGACAUGUGAUGAAGUGUACAGAGGAAAUUGAAAGACUGCGGCCAAAAUCUCCAACACCAAAAAAUAAGCAACAAUUCUCAGACAGAGGUCGUGGGGGUUACCAAAGAGGGGCACAGGGUCGUGGAGGCCAGGGUGGCAGGGGUUCUAAUCUUGGAGCCAAAGGGGGCCCAAUGGGGCGUGGCUCAAGUGCAGGGAGACAGUUUUCCAGGUCUGGGUUUGGGGGUCGAGGACGUUCAAGAGGCUUUAAACCAAGAGGUCCAAGAUAGAAAAUUAAGACAGUGCAAAUCGUGCCACAUCUACUCAAUUUCAUUAUUUACAUGAUUGACAUUGUCAACAAAUUGGCUGAUGAAUGUUGAAAUUCAUAUCAUUUACACAAAUCAAAUUCUCAAAGCACAUUUCAAUAAAUCA